UUUCCACCGAUAGAGGACUUCUCUAGUCGGCGAAGCGGGGCUUUUUCAUUUCAGCUGUCGGGAAUAAAUUUAUAUAGUUAUUGUUAGACCUAGGUUUAAAGAUUGGGUUAUUUUAAAGCAUUCAUAAAACAUAUUUUAGGAUUUCUUUAGCAUUAUUGCUAUCCGCUAGCCAUAAACAACAACAACAACAACGCCAACACCAGCGCUGGUGACUGGAUGCCGGCGAGCCUCGAGUUUGUUUGCUAUUUCGGAAUAAAACCUUCUGUACUGAGGGACUUCAGACUGUUCGUAUGAAAAUCAAGUGCUGAUUGAUUGAGGAGCUGAACGAUGUCCACGCUGUCUUUAGAUAAAGAACUGCAGGAGCGCUUAAGAGAAGCGAGUGCUAUUGGAGACCUUGACGAAGUGCGGACUCUAGUCGAGAGCGGAGUGAACAUCAACUCUCAGAAUGAAAUCAAUGGAUGGACGUGUUUACACUGGGCGUGCAAGAGAAACCACAAACACAUAGUGGCAUAUCUUCUGAAUUCUGGGGCAGACAAAGAAAUUCUCACCUCUAAAGAGGAGUUAGCCGUUCAGUUGACAUCCAAACCUGAGAUCAGAAGACUGCUUGGAGUGGAGGAAGAGGAGAGUGAUCUCGAAGUAAAGGAAGCAGAGCUGCCGAUUAUUCCAAACUAUCUCUCUAACACAUCCUUCUUGUUUUGCAAAACGGAUAAAAACGACCUAAGUGCAACACGACACGUUUCCCAGAAUGGCACCAGUGAACAUUUGGAGGGUGUUGUCUCAGAGCCGGCCACUUUAUCCCCCAUACAGCAACAACAACAACAACAGCAGCGCAUGUACACAGAUGGCCAGAGCCAACCGCCGUUGUCCUACGUUUCCAUGGUAGAGCCGAGCAGCAUUGUGCAAAACCAGGUGACUAAUGGGAGCGUCUCCCCGGAGGCGCAUCACAGCAACCAUAAUGAGUACGCUCACAAUCACAGCAUCGCCCAGAACAGCCCUGUUUGUCCCCCAUUACCUUCAGCAAGUGCAGGAUCAAACCCCACCAUCACCCGGCAGCAGUCUUUUCCUCAUCAGCUAAAUGGCUCUCAGACAGGGGGCUCUAUGCCUGCCUUCCAGCCUUUCUUCUUUACCAGCACCUUCCCUGUAAACGUGCGGGAACUUGUUUUGAAGGUGCGGAUCCAGAACCCACAUGCCAGAGAAAAUGAUUUCAUCGAGGUGGAGCUGGACAGACAGGAGCUGACGUACCGUGCGUUACUGCGGGUCUGCUGCCGUGAACUGGACAUUAGUGCAGAGCAUGUGGAGAAAAUUCGAAAGCUCCCCAACACUAUGCUUAGAAAGGACAAAGAUGUGGCUCGGCUUCAAGAUUUUCAGGAGUUGGAGGUGGUGUUGGAGAAGGCAGAGAGUUUGUCUUUGUUUUCUGGCCCAGGAGGGCUGAAUGACAGGCCCUGCUACAACAUGAAGGCCUCAAGGCUCACCUACUAGCUCCUGCCUUCAGACCCAGCACAAGGCGGACUAACCCAUCUGGGACUGUAGUUCAGAAUGCCUAAUUUAUCUCUAGGUUUUGUUUUUGCCAUUCUACAGACCAGAUGCCAUUCUCCCAUAUGCCUAUAAUUCACCCAUGCAUGUUCCCCAUAGCCAUUUAAACGAACGAUAAAGCCCUCCUCAUUAUUCUUGCAAUCCUUGUUAGUUUUGUCACAAAGUCUUUGGGUUAUUCAUCCUUCCUGGUUAUGACACCCUCUUUCACAAGUCAUUGUUUUUGAAUAUUCAAAAUGUUCUACCCUAGCUAUGGGCUGUAUAUCCAAAUCUGUCACCUCCCCUGCUGCUGUGUGAAGUUUUCAGAUCUGCCUCGCUGCUGUGUUUAAUAAAGCCACUGUGUGGUUUUUCACACAGCUCACAGGGACAGUUGUGACCUGUACCAGCACUUCUUAUUGUCAGUUCUGGUCAUUACCAUAUAUGCACUCCUAUUCCAAUACAGGCUAUUUUAAUUUGCACUGGCAAAGCACACAGCAAAUUCGCUUGAUUGCUAACAUCCUCUUUUAAGUGUGUUAGCUUUUCUUAGUUCCACUUGGGAAAGCCAUUGUAGUUUGAUGUACUUAAAUACAGCAGCUUCAGAAACUAUAAAUGAGGGGUGUUUUUCAAGUUCUGUGUAUGUGCGUUUGCCAGGUAAUCCCCUGUGCACUUUGAAAAAUCACCACAACUAGGAGGAACUUUUUGAAUACAUCAGUGGUGUUUUGGUGCCAUUGCUGCUCCUUCAGUCACUGCUAACCAAAAACUAGUAAAACUGUCAGUCAGAAAACUAUCCUCACAAUCUUGUAUCAAGGCUUAAUAUAAUUUUUCCUCCUGCACUGAAUAAUGUAGCAAAGAUCACUGUUAUGUUAAUUACAUUUUAGUUUUUAAAGGAAUGGAAGAUUAAAAAACAGGGUUUAAUGAAUGUGAGCUUCCACAAACACUUUUUUCCUUUAAAGUUUAAGAGAGUUAUAAAUGGGGCAACAUUAUUAUAAUGGAUAUUGUUCUCUGGACCUAACCGCAGCCCAGGCUUUAUAUUUAGGAAGCAGGAUUCUGCUGAUACUCGAUAACUGAAUGGUCUUGUAGUACUGCUCUAUGUACUAUGUUUUUUGUUUUUUAUAUAUAUAUAUAUAUAUAUAUAUAAAAUAAAUUUGACUGUAGAAAGGAGGUUUCAAGGCACACUACAGCUAAAAUGGAGCCAAGCAUUUGUCUUUGUCUGUCUGUCUAUCUGCCUGUCUAUGUAUCAGUUGUGUUCUGUAUGCUCAUAAAAAUGCUGACUAUUCACAAGGUGGUGAACGCUUGAUUAAGAAAGCUGCAAAGAUUCUGACUGAUGUAUGGCAUCAAAACCUUCUGUGGAAAACUCGCUGUACUAACUGAUCAUGUACAGGAAGACGAAUACAGUUUGACUUAACCUAUGCAUCCCCAGUCUGAUAUCGUAUGUGUUCUCUUUUCCGGUUUCUCUCACUCUCUCAUACACAUUUACUCUCAGAAAAUUAGAAUGUCAUGGAAAAAUGUAUUCUCUUUUCAUAUCUUAAUUUUAAAGGAUUAAACCCUAAUGUUUUA